AUGGCUCGUGCGUCCCAGCCGGUGUAUGUCGCGCCGGGGCAUGGUGAGGGCGACGCCGCGGCGUACGAGGAUGCGAAUGUACAUGCGGUAUACGAUGUGAUUGCCUCGCACUUUUCCAGCACGCGCUACAAGCCGUGGCCGCUGAUCCCCCAGUUUCUCGCGACCUUUGCGCCAGGUUCUGUCGGUGCUGAUCUCGGCUGUGGGAAUGGCAAGUACUUGCACCUGCGUUCUGCGCUCGGGGACGAGCACGAUGCGACACUCGUGACGAUUGGCUCCGACCGCUGUGCGCCGCUCGUCGACGAUGCACAGCACAACUUUCCCCCCAGCGACAGCGGCAAAGAGCGCUGGCAGGAGGUCGCAGUAGCUGAUGCGCUCUGCAGCCAGCUGCGUUCGGCAGCCUUUGAUUAUGCUAUUAGCAUCGCGACGAUCCAUCACUUUUCCACGCCCGAGCGGAGGAUGCGGGCCGUACAAGAGAUGAUCCGAGUCGUGCGCCCUGUUGCGCCAGGUGGGCCGAGCGACGCGCUGGGCCAAGGCUCCGGCCGCUUCCUCAUCUUUGUGUGGGCGUUUGACCAGCGCGGCGGCGGACGUCGCAAGUUUGACUCGGUGCUGGCCGCCGACGACGACGCACAGGACGUGCUUGUGCCGUGGGUCAUGACGCCCCAACAUACCCAGGAAGAUACCGUGGAUCAGGUGCACCAACGAUGUACGUAUCGAUGCUAA